GUCAAUUUCCGUUUCCGCUCCACGUAGUUAGACCAGUUGACCAAAUUUCGAAAUAAUUACUUGAGGGUUAGCAGGGAAAAUGGAUUCUCUCUAUCACCAGACCCAUAGAAUAGUGUUGGAUGUACAGAAUAGUUUGGGUCGGUUAGAAACCGCAACAAAUGAAAAUUAUCCUUUGGUUGAGAGAGAAUUGCAGGUAUUGUUGCAGAUUAGAUGUUCUUUAAAUGGUUCUAAUAAGAUAUCUAAUAUAUGUAAAGGCUCUAGUGGAUUUAAUCGUAUCAAAUUGCGAGAAACUUGAAUUGAUGGUUCAUAAAGAGAUACCAUCGCGACGCCAAAGCACAAAAUUGAAGGUUGAUCAAUUAAAGUAUGAUUGUCAGCAUCUACAAGCUGCAAUGCGAAGCAUACUAUUGAAAAGAUGUAGAAAGGAAGAGGAGCGUCGGGACAAAGAAGCCCUGCUCAGUCGAAGAUAUACUACAAACGACAGUAGAAAUUCAACAUACGGUUCCGAUGAUACUUCAAUUGAAAUGGGUGCUGCGCUGGAUCAUAAUUCGCGGUUAUUAAAUGCAAAUAAUCAAGUGGAUCAAUUGAUAGACACUGGUACAGCAAUUAUGAUAAGUGUGCGAAAUCAAUAUUCAUCUUUGAAGACCGCUAAGCAAAAAAUUUUAGACGUCACUAAUAUGUUAGGACUCUCGAACACAGUUAUGAGAUUAAUAGAACGUAGGACGCAUCAAGACAAGUUUAUUCUUUAUGGUGGAAUGAUUUUUUGCCUAAUCAUAUUUUUUUUGAUAUGGAAAUAUUUUGCUUGAUUAAAUUUCAUUAUAAUCCUCAAAUUCUCCACAAGAACAUUCAUCGAUCCAUUCAUCGCAUGCUAAACACUUUUCUCCAAUUGCCAUCGCUUCCUCAAAUCUUAAAAAUCUUUCGACUUCGGGUGAAUUAGGAAAUUUUAGGUAGAAUACAUCUUUACCCAAAACCUCGUAUAAUUUUAUGCGACAUAAUCCCUUAAGUGCCAUAGGAUUACCAAGAUUAGUUAAAAAGUAUUCACAAACAUCUUUUGUUCUUGCUAAGCUAAGUGGAUUGUCUUUAAGUUUUAAAAUACACGACACAGAUGGCUCCUCCAUAUUUAAACUCUUCAUUGUUUCCAACAUUCUAACUACUUUUAUAGUGGGAAAAUUUAAAGAUAAGACUUGUAGGUAUCUCAUCUUGGUAUCGUCAAUUUUCGGAUCAAUACCAAUUAGAUACAAACUUAGAAGUGCUUUAGCAUUAGCUUGUUUGUAAAUGGCAUCCAACGUCUCAAAUCCAAACUUCACACCAUUCUCUAGUAGGAAAUGCAAUAGGCUUGGAGAUGCUUUAUUAACCGCCAAUACCCCGCAGCGUUGAGUCAACUUUCCUCCAUGUUGAACCAAUUUUGUAAGAAUGUCCACCUUCCCCAAACGACAGAAUGACUCGACAACUGUUGUAUUGCUGUCAUCCUCAGAGACAUAUCCAUUAGGAUUUGCUUUAUGUUCUAAGAGUAGUUGAAUAAUUGCAGAAUGUGGUGUGCAAAGAGCGUUUUUUGCGCUUGAAGGUGAAUUGGGAUUUACGCCAUUUUCCAGAAGUAAUUUAGUAAUCUCAUAAUGACCUUCACUUGCUGAUAAACUUAAAGCAGUAUCACCUGAAGCAUCAACUAACAGUGGAUUAGCUUUAUACUGCAGUAAUAAUUUAAUAAUUUGAAGAUUGUUGCAGGCAGCUGCAUGGUGAAAUGCUGUUUGUCCACAGUCGUCAACGGCAUCUGGAUCAGCUCCCUUAGAUAAAAGUUGACACACAAUUCGGCAACAUACAUCUAUUUCCUUCUCGUUUCGGCAUAUGGCUUCAUGUAGAGGAUAUCUCAUCAUCACCCCAAAUCCUUCAUCCGCAGCGAAAGGCCUAUUGGGGUCAGCAUUGUGAUCGAGCAAUAGUUUAAUAAUUAAUUCUUCGCGGUUAGCGACAGCUGUAAAUAAUACUGGUUCGUCGUCGAAAACUGCAUUUGCGUCUGCUCCUUUCAUCAAAAGACCUUCUACCUUGUUAUUAUCUCCUUUCUGAACAGCAGCGUACAAUUCCAUCCCUUUAUCGAAGUAGUACUACAGGAAUAUUUUAUUCUGUGUUGUCCUGUGUUAUUAUCGCAGCAUUUGCCUUUCUAUUCUUAGUUUUGUCGCAUCGCAUUAUGCGAGUCCUUAGCCGCCUACUGUAGCCGCGCACAGGCUCAAAAUCGAACUCGAAGAACUUUCAAGAUGGC